UCCUUUCUGCUCUGCUCGCGAAGAUCGCAACAAACGGCGAGAAGCGUCAAAACUCAAAAUCCACUUCUGCAGGCAGGUAGCACAACGGAAAAAAAUAACGUAUUCAAUCGUAUGUUGCUUGUUUCCGCGCAAUAAAACGCAUAAAAAUUGCAUUUACAUGGUGCAAAGCAAGAAAACUAUGAAAGUGUAAUGAACAAAGUGUAAUGAAGUGAACCACGAGAUCAAAGUUUCCGUUGGCUUCUGUUGUUGAUCUCAGUAACAUCAGAAACAAACAUGGACGGACUCCGCUGGUCCCGGGUCUUGUUACAAUGGGUGAAAGAUUCCCGCCUCAUUCCAUGCGAGUGCGACAGUAUCGAACAGUGCAGCGUCGAAGAAUUCUAUCAGCAGUUCCGCUCCCGGAUUCACCAAACGGUGGCCCUUCCGGAGGACAGCAUCAUCAGCUUCCUCCGGCAGCAUUUCCCCCACUACGAGCUGUAUCUAACCGAAACCGGUCAGAUCGCCGCUCCCGAUCACUUCUACAUCUUCUCCCUGUUGCUGUUCUUUUCCUGCGUUCGCCAUCCGGAACGGUUCUUCCAGCAGAUUUGCAACGGGUUCGACAAACCGCAGCAAUAUGCCGUGACGGCCUUCCUCAAGUCGAUGUUGGAAAGCGCGCAGAUGCGCCAGGAAAUCGACCGGAUGAUGAUCCGGCGCUCGAUUCAGGACGCCAUGCCACAAACAAUGUUGCCUCCGGAGACGCCUCCCAAUCCCAAUCCGGCGCCUCUUCAGCGGGAAUCCUCCCGGCUGAGUUUGCCUUCGCGGCUUACUUCCUCCACCGUCAGCAGUGGGGACAUCGUGGACGGCAGUCCGCUGCGAUUGGGACGGCAACCGCCAAAAAUUUCGCCUCCCACGCCCAAAACGAUCAUUCUGGACGAACGGACCAAACAGUUGAAGGAGCUGAAGGCUCAACUGGAGGCGGAACGCUACGAGAAGGGGUACCUCGAGGUGCAGCUCAAGCAGCUGCAGGACAAGAACGAGAAGUUUCUGGAAGACAAACGGAAGUACGUGAAGGAGAUCCGAGAGUUGCGGACGGAACUGCAGGCGUGCAAUCGGGAGAACGAGUCGCCGAAUAAGCAGCGUGGGGCGGACCACAAGGUGGCCCGCAUCGAGCGGCUGCUGGCCGAGAAGGAGGAAGCCCUGGAUCGACUGCGGAUCGAGCUGGAAACGGUCGCCGAGAACAACCGGAACUCGACGGAGAUGAUCAACUACCGCAACGUGCAGAUCGUCAAGCUCAAGGACCAAAUCCAUGAGCUGGAGAACUCGCUCGGAUCGCUGUCGGAGUGCAUCGCCGAGAAGGACGAGGUGAUCAAGUGCCUGCGCGAAAACAACGAGGAACUGCAGCGCUUCAUCGAGGAGAGUCGCUUCAAGCAGAGCGGACCCCUGCCGGAGAACUUGAACACCUCGUUCGACGGGAUGAUGGAACUGAGUUCCGGUGGCAGCAGCAACGGCAACGGAACCGGCCGAAGCUACAACAUUACGCCGGAGAACAUGGCCCAUGCGGUUGUCGAUGUGCAGCUGAAGGAGAAGGAAGCGGAGAACUGUCUGCUGAAGCGUUCGCUGGAGAUAAUCGAACAGGAGAAGGUUCGGGUUUCCGGCCUGGUCGGGAGCUUCUUCCGAUUGUACGGUGACCUUGUCGGAGCGAUGCCGUACGGAAGUGCGAAUCCACAGGAUGUUGGAUUUGUGGAGAAGAUGAACAUUUUCAAGUCGUGCUAUGAGUCGUUGUUCGAGGAGCUGGGGAAGUUCAAGGAAAGCAAGGAGAUGCUGGAGGAGAAAAGCGACGCACUGGAAAAGGAUGUGCGGGCGUUGAAGACGGAACUUCUGGCUCGCACGGAGGUGCUGGAAAAUCUUGAGCGGCAUUCGGCGGAUAUUGAAAGGCAGCUGGAGCUGGUGAAGCAGACAGCGAACGAAUAUCAGCGGAAAAAUCAAGCUCUGGACGAAGAUGUGAACAGGCAGAAGCGCGAUUUGUUGAAGUUGAUAUCGGAGAAGGAUGCCUUGAGUCAGCAGAAUCUCACGUUGAAUGUUGAGUUCAAUAGCUUGAAGGGAGAGCACGAAUCGCUGACGGCGAAGAUUGACUAUUUAAUGCUGUCGCUGAACGAAGAUUACGAGGGCAGUGACUUCUCCUCGUGGUUCGACAAGAUGGACGAUCUGAAAGAACGUGUGCGAACAUUGAAGGAGGACAAAGAACGUUUGACGGGCAUGAACAUGAAGAUCACAAUGGAAAAAGUUGGCUUGGAAAAACACAUCAGUGUCAGUGAAAUGCGGCUGAAGGAGAUGAAAGAACUACAUGUAGAAUCGGAGAAGAAGUUAAGGCGACUAAGCGAACAGUUGAGUGAAAGUGAAAAAGCGUUGGAAGAGAAAGGUAAUUGCGUUACCUCGCUGGAAAAAUUGAAAGCCGAUCUGGAGGAGAACAUUCAAGGAUUGUCUGCUGAGCUUCUAGAAUCGCAAAGCAAACUCACCGAAAUGUCCGAAGACUUCCAAUCUUGUGAGGAAACGCUUCGAAGCGUUAGGGAUGAGAUGAAAUCUCGAGAUCACGAGCUGUCGUGCGCUAAGGAUACCAUUGAGGAGCUCCAAACAAAUUUGGAGAAACAGCAAGUUGAGCUUCAGAGUGCGAUGCAACUUCAGCUAGAGACUGCCAGUGAAAAAGAGCAACUGGCAGUCAAUCUUACGGAUAUUCAACAAAAAUUGUCCGAAGAAAGUGAGAUGUUGCAGGAAACAAUCAAGAAACUUGAGAAAGCGAAUCUUGAAAGUCAAAAACUCACAGAACAUCGAGAUAAUCUUCAACAGGAAAAGCUCAUAUUGGAAGAAGCCCUUGCAGAACAAUGCAAUGAGUUAGGCAAACAUUCCAAAACGAUUCAGAACCUAGAACUGCAAUUACAAAACCUGCAGCAACUGCUUGCCGAUGAAGCCGAUCAGUCGAAGGAAACUCAGCAGUCACUCAACGCUCAAAUCAUCGAUCAGCAGCAGCAGCUGGAUGCUUCACGAAAAGAGCAACAAAUUCUAUCCGCCGCCAAUCGAUCUCUCCUCACUGGGCUUGAAUUGGUUCAGGAGAAGAUCACUCAACUGGAAGGUCAAUAUGUGAGCAAAAUCGGCACUCUUGAAGCAAAGCUCGGCGAGUUCGCGGCCUUACUGACGAAACUCUCCGCGUACCAGUUCAAACUGCGUUUGGAGAAAGCCCAGUUGGAGGACAACUUGGGCAAGAUGAUACGGGAGUUCGAGAUCCUACAGACGGAGAAUGAUAAACUGCUCGAAGCAGAGAAGGCGUUGCAACAGACGGUGCAGGAACUGCGGUUGGAGAAGACGGCAGUAGAGGAGCGAAGUGUCGGUCUGGAGGAACAACUCGCGGAAAUGGAAGUGCGAGUCGAUUUGAAUGGUAACAGAAUCAAAGAGCUGGAAGGAAGCUGUGCCGAACUCGAAGCUGAGAGAAUUAGAUUGCUCGGUGACGGUAGUCAGCGCGAGAAGGAGCUUCAAAAACAGAUCGAAGAAGCUGCCGCGUGCUAUGAGAAACUAGAACAAAAAAACAAGCAGAUGAACAAAGCUCAGUCCGAUCUGCAAGUUCAGCUCAUCGAAAAGUUGGAGCAGUUCAAGUGCGUAUCUAAUGAACGCGACGAGAUGGAGGUCAAGUGUGCGCGACUGGAAGUCGACAUGAAGGAAUUGCAAGCCGAUUUAGAAGAACAGAAACAAAAGACGGCCAGCAACUGUGAAGCGAAGGCUGCACUGGAAGCUCAACUGCUAGCAGUACGAGAAGAACUAUCGCAACUAGAACAGGAUAAAUCUCGCGUGGAGGAAGCAUUGGAAGAGAAUCGAGCGACGCUCGAGGAACGUACCGAGACAAUAUCGCGACUGAGUCGCGAAAAGGAACUGCUAAGCGAGAAGGUUCAAGAGUUGGCAACGGUUCUAGCAACCGUUCGGCAGACCAAAUCCACCAUACAGCAAAAGCUCGAGGAACAGCAGGAGAAGUCCGACGAGUUGUCCUGUCAGCUCGAGGAUCUUAACUCGAAACUACUGGCAGUUGCGGAAGAACUCGGUCGAGUCACCGAAGAAAAGGAAGCGAUACUGAUCAGGCAGAACGCUGAGAAACAAGAGCUCGUCGAGAAAGUGGAAGAGUUGACUGAGUCAAUAGCGAUGGCGGAAGAAGAUCGAGAUACGUUGCGCGAGGAGAAGUGCCGACUGCAAGCAGAAGUCGAACGGAUCGAGCACGAUAAGGGAUCCCUGGACGAGCAGUGUGGAAAGUUGUUGAAGCAGCUGUCGAAGGAACGUGAAGAUGCGGCGAAUGAGAAGGCACGGCAGGAGAUCACGAUAGCGGCUCUAGGCGAGGAACGUGACGCGUUGCAGGAGAAGUUGGCUGCGAUCGAUGAGGAGCGGGGCGCUCUAGCCGGUAAGGUAGCGGAAUUGGAGGAGACGAAAACGGGUCUGGAAUGUGCGCUCAGUGACAAAGGGGCGGUGGAGAGCAAGGUUGUUGAGCUAUCGAAACUGAUCGAUGAAUUGCGAUCGGAGAAAAUGAAGCUGGAAGGCGAGUGGUCAAGCUUGAGCGAAGAGCUGCAUUCGAACAACAAGACUAUCGAAGAAUUGAAGGAGAACGUUCGCACUUUGGAAGAAAGCAAAAAGAACCUUCAAAGUCAAGUUUCAAACGGUAAUGAAACCAACAAACAACUGCGACAGGAAGUACAAGAUUUGUCGAAGGCACUUCAGGCGUCGAAACAGGAAAUUGAAGCAAUGGAGGUCGAGACAAAGAAACUGGCGACAGAAUUGACUCAAUCGGAAGCUAAGGUGGAGGAACUCAGUGCAGAGAUCAAGCAAACUAGCAGUCAACUACAAGAAGUGGAGGCAAUCCUGAAAACUAAGGAGCGCGAAUCAGCUGUGGUGUCUGAAAAGCUAGUGGAACGUACAAAAGACUUGGAAUUGGUCCGAUCACAGAAAGAAGACGUGAUCUUGCAGCAGUCGAGGAACAUUGAAAGCAUCCAAACCGAACAACAGGAGCUUGCGAAGCGUUUACAGCAAGUACUAACUGAAAGUUCCAAUCGGGAGGCUGAAGUCAAACAAUUGACUGGCGAACUGAACAGCCGGUCGUUGGAACUGAAAGCAAAGGAACAAGAAGUUCAUGCGAAAGAGCAAGAAAUCCGUUCGGCAACCGAGUUGUUAACUGCUUCUGAAGCCAAGGCCGCCGAGCUGAGCCUAAACGUAGAUCAACUCAACGCCGCUAAGAGUUCCCUCGAAAUGCAAAUACGUAAACUGCAAGAUGACUUCGACCACGAGAGGGAACUCUGCCAAGCCACGGAACGGAAAGCGGAAGAUUUGGCUGCCAGUCUCAGCGAAGCCAGCGAAUCAAAAAUCCGCCUCGAACAUCAACUGCAUCAGUUGGAAAUCGAACGAACGAACGCCGAAUCCGCAAACCAGCAACUCAUCCAGCAGCUUUCCGACCUGAAAGCCCAAGUCGCCAAACAGCAAACUUCCAUCGAUGCGAAGGACACGGAAAUUCACCAUCUGACCGAGGGGCUGGAGAAAGUCAAACGUAUUCAGUCGCACCUGGAGGAGAAGGUUACCGAUUUCGAGUCGGUCGUCACCGAGAAGGACGAAAUCGAAACCCAGUUGAUCCGGUUGCAAAACGAACUGGAGACGAUUCAGGACGAUAAGCGUAGGAUCGAGACCGAGUUGGAUGCGGUCAAGGAGGAAAAAGCCGACGUGGAUCGGCGGUUGAUACAGCAACUGCAAAACUACGAUACGGUGAACGAGGCUUAUCGGAACGAACGGGAAGCCAACAAGGAGUUACAGGCGAAACAGCAAAAUUUGAACAAGAAACUUCAAGAGGCGACUGCGGAGAAUGCUCUGCUAGUACAUACUCACGAAAGCUCUAAGGCGCAGUUGGCGGCCAAGGAGAAACGAAUAGCUGAACAAGACAAGCAGAUGGAGAAGUUGAAGCGUGAGAUGGAGAACUUGUUCGGAAAGAACCAGCAGAUGGAUUCGCUGGCGAGCGAGUUUAUGCACUUGAAGGUGGAGAAGUCUGAGCUGGAAGCCAAAAAGGAGGAACUGAAUGAGGCAAUCGAACAGAAGGAAAUCGAAGAGAAGGCCAUGCAGGAGAGUAUGGAACAUCUGAAGGAGAGUUUGAAGGUGAAACAGCAAGAACUGGACUCACUCCAUUCGGAUGUUACAAACCUCAAGGAGUCGCUGCACUCGUUGAAGAUCGAAAACAGUAAGUUGAAGUCAACCCACGAACUGCAGCUAACGAAGAUGCUCAAUUUGGAGCUGAAGAAUGCCGAGCAAAGCAAGAAGAUAGAAAAGCUAGAAGAAUCGUUGAAUAAGACCGAGAUUAGCCACCUGGAGGACAAUUCGAAGGCAUCCACAUUGCUGAAGCAACUGGAAAAGUACAAAGGGUAUAUGGUGAAGGUGCAGGAGUUGGAAGAGCUACAUCAGAAGGAGCGUGAGCUCAACAAAAUGCUCAGCGGGGACAUCGAUGUCCUGAAGGCGAAAUUGAGCAAGCACCGGGAGAAAACCGAGGAAAAAGAGCAGCAAUGGAAGCAGGAACGUUCGACACUGCAGCAGAAGAUAACGAACGAAAUCAAAGAGAACGAGAUCAAGUUGAGGGACUACCGCAUCGAGUACGAAUCCAAACUGGAGAAGAUGAAGGAGAAAAUGGUAACGUUAUACCACGAGGAAACUGGAAAGAAGGAUGCCAAGCACGAGAAGGAUCUACUGCAACAGAAGCUCGGCUUUGACGAAAAGCUGAAAGAGAAAGAUGAACAGUUGGAAAAACAUCAAAUCCUCACCAGCAAACUGCAGAAACAGAUAGCCGAUAUGAACGUGACACAUCUCGAGAUAAUGAAGGAGAAUGAGUUCAUGAAAUCCAAGCUGCGCAUCAUGGAACAGAUGAAGGAGCGGAGGUCGCUCAUGCCGCCACCGGGUACCGUUCAACUACGUUCCCACCUCAAGAUGGAGGACGAAGAGGGCGAACAGUUCAACAACACCUACCUGACGGAUCUGAAGACGGGUCGUAUGUCGCCACCGUUCGGCGGGCGUGAAUCGAUCCCGCUGACGGAACUGCAGAAACGCAACUCAAUGGUUAGGCCGCAUCUCAAGGAUAGCUACGCGCUUCAGUACGUCGACGGAAAUCUGACGGACGACGACAAUCGAGAUCUCGCUGGCGGUAACUUGGACGACAGCAGUACGAGCUUGAUUUCGCGCAAGAAACAAAGUGGAACCACUUCCUACAAACGACCGGGACCGCCGACGCCGAGCAAGAAAGCCGGUCGUCUUUCGUUCGGUGGAUCUCUGCCGACCAACGACUUCCAGUACAAAGAAAUUCUCAAGGACAACAGCAAUGGAUCGUCCUCGGGCGGCGGUGCCUUCGGUGGCCGCCUGAGCUUCGGCCGGAAAAGUAACGUGGAUCCUUCGACGGCUCUAGCUACCACCGCUGGCAACAGCAGUGGCAGCAAUGCCGACCUCAACGCUCGCCGGAAGACCCCCGGCAAGUUCAAGCAGAUGAUCAGCUCGUCGAACCUGUUCAACUCGUCGCAGCCCCAGCAGAAGGACGAGACCCCUAAAAGAGGUGACUUGCCCCCAAUGCGACAUCCGUUCCCCUCAAAACUCAACUCUAUUCGAGGACAAACCGCCGACUGUGGAAGUUCUGACCUUGACGAACGACGACUGCGACGCCGACGAUCAAGACUGGUCUCCUCGACUGACGACAGCUCGCCUGAAAACCGGAAAAAUCUCCCCAUUCGUAAGGUUACGACCCGGUUCGACACAAAUCGUCACCUCAGCAGAAAUUCUAGUAGUGACAGCGCAGGAAGCAGUCCUGCUAGCGGUGUUGAUCCUUCCGACGAUCCCUACGAAGGGUUCUCUUACGAGGGACCCUCCGAUCAAAUCCGCAAAAUUGAUAUCAACAGAAUGGGCGUUUCGGGGAAAGGUGACCCCAAGGCUCAGAUUCGGCACAAGGAUCUGAACAACAAUAAUCACGAACCUUCGAAAGUAACCCCGGAAAAUGUCGGAACCAAACUAAUCAAUUCGGAAAACAGUACAUCUCAGCCGAUCGUUAACGAUCUUUCCAUAAGUAACUUCGUACAGCUCUUCGAUCGAAUGAAGCUGGAUUCCAUCUCCGAGAGACAUCGAUCAGAUGGAAACGAAGAGUUCGGCAACGUUCCUUCCAGGAGUAACGUCGAAGAGUUCAACGAUGAAAUGGCGCUGGAUUCCAUCGAUCGAUCGGCCGUGAACCAAGAGUUCGGCAACGAUCACUACAUGAGUAGCUUCAUAAAGCUCAUCGAUGAAAUGACGCUGGAUUCACCAAUUUCCGACGGACAUCGAUCGGACGUGGACGAUCACUCCAGAAGUAACUUCGAAAUACUCAACGAUGAAAUCGUACCGAACUCCAACCCUAAUGAACAUCGAUGGGACGAAAACGAAGAGUUCGCCCACGAUCACUCCGCGAGUAACUACGAAUCGUUCAACGAUGCAAUGGUGCCGGACUUUAACUCCAAUGGACAUCGUUCCGACGGGGACAAGGAGUUUGGCAGAGUGGUUCCGGACUCCAACACCGACGGACGUCGAUCGAUCGUGACCGAAGAGAUCGACAACGAUCACCUCAGAAGUAACUUCAAAAAACCUAACAAUGAAAUGGUGCCGGACUCCAACUCCAACGGACAUCGAUCGGACGCGAACGAAAAGUUCGCUCACGAUCGCUCCAUGAGUAACUUCGAAGCGCUCAACGAUCAGAUGGUGCUGGAUCGUCCGAGCGAAAUCUUACCGUCCAAUCAGCUGCUGCUGUACCGGAGCAGUAUGCACGAUCCGUUCGAAAACGUGGUCAGUAGUUCGACUACGGGAUUGGGACCGGUGAGCGUUCCGCUGUUGGAACGAUUCUCGGAAAUUUUCCGUAUUGCCAGCAUUCAGAAGCAGCUCUCUACGGUGACAGCGUUGGAAAGUUUCUCGGCAGGCGGUCGUGAUGAUCGAGCUACGGAUGCCAAAGUGGACUGGACCCCGGAGGUUCUACUAGUGUUUGCUGGAUUGAGUUUUUCAGCGCUGCUUUUCAGCAUCUAUCUGCAUUACGUGGGGUUCCAGGUAUAGAAAUGGUUGUGAGUUUAGUAAAAGUUAAGUAUUCCGAAAGAGGAUAAAAGCGAAAACGAUUCCAUCCACUUGCUCCAUCAUAUUAGUGUGUUUAGCGAAUGUGUCCCGUAGUUUGUAAGAUUUCAAUUUUAAAAUAUAACCAUUAAUUGUGAUAAAUGAUUCCUAAACUAGCUAUUGUGUGAUUGUGCCGUGAAAUAAAAUUUGAAAAUUUAGUAUAUGAAA